AUGACCGACCCAUACCGAGGAGGAUCCUCCUCCGCACACAGCCCGCCCUCCAGCUCGGAGACUAGCAUCGGCGGCACCACGUCCAAUCAGCACGAUGGUCUCCUCUACGACCGCUCCAACCCCGCUUCCGGUACUCAAAAGUAUCAGCUCGCCAACAAUGGCAUGACCGAGGAGGAAGACGACUACCUUCACAGCAUCGACGCCAAAUGGGACAAGUCUUCGCACGGCUGGAACUUGCGAGGCUUCCUCAACAUUCUCACCCUCACUGUCCUUGCACUCGGUCUCCUCAUGCUCUUCCUCGGCUACCCUGUCCUUAUCAAGAUCAGGGACCAGUACGACGACAAGACCAAGGGUGCUUUCGGUCUUGGCGGUACCAACGGUUCCGGGCAGGUGCCCGCUCUCGCUAUCUCCUCGCUUAUCGACGCCGACACACCGCAGAACGCCAUGAAGUGGACCAGUGGCUAUGAUCAAUCCUCCUACCAUCUCGUUUUCAGUGAUGAAUUCGAAGUCGAUGGCAGGACCUUCUGGCCUGGAGACGAUCCGUACUGGGAAGCCGUCGAUCUCUGGUACUCUGGUACAGGAGACUACGAAUGGUAUUCGCCCGAGGCCGUCAACACCACCGGUGGAGCCAUGGUGAUCGCUCUUGAAGAGGCCGAGGUCCACAACAAGAACUUCCGCUCCGGUAUGGUCCAGUCGUGGAACAAGUUCUGCUUCCAGGGCGGAUACAUCGAGUUUAGCGUCAAGCUACCUGGCUCUCCUAGCACCAGCGGAUACUGGCCCGCCGUGUGGCUCAUGGGUAACCUCGGCCGUCCAGGCUAUCUCGCCUCGACGGAAGGAACUUGGCCAUACUCAUACAACUCGUGCGACACCGGCAUUCUUCCCAACCAAACCUACGUCAACGGCACCGGUCCCUACGCGGCCAUCAACUCCAAGGGCACGUACGCGUACAAUGGCGAGCUCUCGUACCUUCCCGGCAUGCGCUACUCGUCGUGCACAUGUCCAGGCGAGGAGCACCCGGGCCCCAGCAACAACGUCGGCCGCUCCUCGCCUGAGAUCGACAUCUUCGAGGUGCAAGUGCAGUACAAGAACGGUGCCAAGCACUCGUACGCCUCGCAGUCGCUCCAGGUGGCUCCCUUUGAUGACGCCUACGCCUGGGGCAACUCCAGCACCGAGGCCAAGGUCUACGAUGAUACCAUCACCGAGUUCAACACCUACACGGGUGGUCAGAUCCAGGAGGCUGUCUCGUCCGUCACCAAGGUGCCCGACAGCGGCUUCCAGCUGACCCAGAACCAGUUCGUCAAAUAUGGUGUCGAAUUCUCGCCUGAUUUCAACUACGACGGCAGCGGAUCCAUGACCUGGUACGUCGAUGGGCAGCCGUCGUGGUCGGUCAACCCCAAGGCUUUCCCUGCGCGUCCCGCAUUGGACAUCGGCCAGCGUAUUAUCCCCGUCGAGCCCAUGGCCAUCGUAAUGAACCUGGCAAUCUCGGCCGGUUUCCAGAACGUCGACUUUGGCACGGGUGGUAUUACCUUCCCCGCCUUCAUGUCGAUCGAUUACGUUCGCGUCUAUCAGAAGGAUGGCCAGACCGACCGCAUCUCAUGCGAUCCGGCUGAUCACCCCACCGCCAGCUUCAUCGCCAACCAUCCGGACGUCUACUCAAAUAACAACCUUACCCAAUGGCCCAGGGCUAAGUACGGCUGGCCAAAGAACACGUUGACUGGUUGCUGA